UCUCAAGGGCGAAGUGAAAUAUUAAGAGCCUGCAGAAAGUUCUGAAUGGAUUGGUGGUGCAGCAGCUUCCUCUCAUCGUGAUAUUUACAAGAAUGCUAGGUCUCUCUGACUGACAGAUCCAUGGCUGUUAGAUGUACAGUGGCCAAGUGUCUACUGGAACUACAAAAUGAAGCUGUUUUCAUGUGGACUGCUGAAUUGGAAAAUGUAGCCACUCUCUGCUUUAAGGCUUUGGAAAACUCAAAUUAUGGGGUACGGGUAGCAGUGUCUAAACUCUUAGGAACAGUUAUGGCUACAGCAUUGAUGCCAAAACAAGCAACAGUAAUGCGUCAAAAUGUGAAACGAGCAACAUUUGAUGAAGUCUUAGAACUCAUGGCCACAGGAUUUCUACGUGGAGGCUCAGGUUUCUUAAAGAGCGGUGGAGAAAUGUUAAAAGUUGGAGGGUCUGUUAAUCGUGAAGUGAGAGUUGGAGUUACACAGGCAUAUGUUGUUUUUGUUACAACGUUGGGUGGUCAGUGGCUGGAGCGUAGCUUUGCUACAUUCUUGUCCCAUGUACUUGAUCUGGUUUCUCAUCCUCGGGCAACACAAACACAUGUGGAAGCUGUGUACUCACGACGAUGUGUCUCCUUCAUCCUGAGAGCCACUGUGGGCAGUUUGUUGGGUGAGAAAGCCCAGAUAGCAGCUGCUAAGGAGAUCUGUCAAGCUAUUGGAAAACAAAUGAAAGCAGUGGAAGCAGUAGUGAAUGAUACUAGUAGUGAAAACAAGUCAGGGGCAGCAGAUAUUGCAGCAAGCCAGCAUGUGAUGGUCUGCGCUCUGCAGGAGCUUGGGAGUCUGGUACAGAGCCUAAAUGCCACUGCUUCUCCUCUUAUUCAGGAAGCAUCUAUAGGACUUUUGGAGAUUGUGACCUCAGUGCUUCUUCAUCCAAGCAUGGCUGCUCGACUUGCUGCUGCGUGGUGUUUGCGCUGUGUGGCUGUGGCUUUACCUUUCCAGUUGACACCAUUUCUAGAUAGGUGUGCAGAACGGCUCAACAACUUGAAGACUUCCCCAGAAGCUGUUAGUGGAUACAGUUUUGCCAUGGCUGCUUUGUUAGGUGGAGUUCAUCAGUGUCCUUUGGGCAUUCCCCAUGCCAAAGGAAAGAUGGUAGUUAGUAUUGCUGAAGAUCUCUUACGAACUGCUGCCCAAAAUAGCAGGCUGUCUCUACAGCGCACUCAAGCUGGAUGGCUUUUACUUGGAGCACUCAUGACUUUAGGACCAUCUGUUGUUCGGUAUCAUCUGCCAAAGAUGUUGUUAUUAUGGCGAAAUGUUUUCCCUCGUUCUUUAAAGGAGUUGGAGGCCGAGAAAGCCCGGGGUGAUUCUUUUACCUGGCAGGUAACUUUGGAAGGUCGUGCUGGAGCUUUAUGUGGUAAGAUUUGAAAGAAUUGCAUUUUCAGAAUAUUAUAUUACUAAAAUAUUUGCAAGUGAGAGAAAAUUGCUAUUUCAACUUUUUAUUUUAAUACCUAAUGAUAAAUUUAUAGACUUAGAUUUAGAAAGAAACCUUAUAAAUUAACUCCGAUUUCCUAGUAGUAGUAAGCUACCACCACAGCGAUAGCUCAGGAUUGCUAUUUUGUAAUAAAAAUGAAACUGAGACUCUGAGAAAAUAGUUAGUGUGGUGGUUAGACAGGAGUUAGGGUAGGCCUUUUUAUUCCCAGUAGUUGCAGUCUUCAUCGGUCAAGAAAACACCAAGUCACCAUGUAAAAAAAAAUCCCAUGAGUAUUUUCGGGAAAAAGAAGCUCAGGAUUGCCAAGGUUACUGAGUUUGCAGGUAGUCUUUUCGGAAUGAAAAAACACCUCUUUUUCCUCCAUUGUUAUCAAAUCUGCAAAGGUUGAUGCAUUGCUGUCAUCAACAUUAUAAUGUUGGAUACAGUUGUUUUUGCCUGGGAGGUAGCAAAUUACAGAAGAAGCUCAAGUCUUAUUUCAUCUGGGAGCUAGAAUUUCACUGUGUCCAUGUUAUCUCAGGGUAAAAAUGCUUCCCCCAAAUUGGUAGAUGCCGCUAACCAAGUGGCAGAGCUUGGUUUAUGUAUAAUCAGGGUGGCAGGGCAGGGUGGCAGUUAAACUUGAACACAUAUGAAAGGUGUUUUGGUCUUAGCUCUAUUGUUAAUGGUCCAGUAAAGAUAUUUCCUUCCACCAGACCAUUCUGUUCACUUCUGGUUCUCUCUGAAACCUGCACUCCUUGUAGUCAUCUGAAUUUCUGUGGGAUUAUAGUCUUCUGAAUACACAUUCACAAAAAUCUCCCUCACACAUAUCUUCACUCCUUCCAUUUCUAUUGUCUAUCUU